CACUGAAUCCUCUAAGUCUUCGCGUAGAGCCGUGCCCCUGUCCUCGCGUACAGUCGUGCCCUCCCAGCGCCGCCGCGCCCACCCAGCACCGCCGCCGCCGUCCUGCGCCGCCGUCGUCUUCCUGUGCCUCGCUGCUCCGGCACGCGCCCAGCGCCGCCCCUCCCUGACGGUCCCGCAGCUCGGCCUGCUCGCCCCUCCCUGCGCCGCCCGAACUCGCCGCGCCCCCGGGGGGCGCCCGGCCGCGCUGCCACGACCGCGCCGGCACCGGCCCCGCUACGGCAGCGCCUGCCCCGGCCAGCGUCCACCCCGGCCUACUCUUCCAGUUCUGCGAGUGUUCGGAUUUUACUAUUUGCUGUUGCAAGCGAGUCCUCAAAUUUCUGCCCAUCUUUAAGGAAGCAGCAAAGUCAUUUAAGGGAAAGAGAAGAGGCCGUUUAAGGGGUCUCGGAGUACCCGGAUUGUCUUCGUCGGCGUUGUGGGUGUGCCUGGACCGCGUCUGCUCCGCUAGCAUUACUCCACCGACACCCUAGGAUGGAGGACCGUGAGUGGAUGUACACGCUCCGGAGAGAUGCGAAGGAUUUCGACUUGCUGUUUAUACACAAGGUCGAAGGUUUCUUGAAUCAAUCAUUUGGCGAGAGUGCACACGGCCAUUCUCUAGUUGUUUGUCCUUGCAGUAGUUGUGACAAUAGAAGAAGGAAAGAUAGGACAACCAUGGGUAAACAUAUUGUGAAGUUUGGAUUUACUCCAAGCUACCACCGGUGGAUCCACCAUGGUGAAGCUGAUCGUAUCAGAGAGGAGGUGGUGAGACCUCGACUCGAGGCUUUUGCUGAUGAUGCGGGGGUACCAGACAUGCUAGAUGACAUUCACCAAGCUCAGUUCGCCGAAGGACGUGAUAAGGAGGAGGUGGAGGCUGCCGCAGAUGACUUCUACCGAAUGUUGGACUCGGCACAGAGACCCCUUCACGAUCAUACUAAUGUUUCUCAGCUAGAUGCCAUUGGUCGCGUGAUGGGGUUGAAGGCCGAAUUAAACCUAAGUCGAGAAGGCUUUGACAAGAUGGUGGCCGUGUGGGGAGGCAUGCUACCGACGACACACAUUAUGCCAAAGAACUUGUACGAGUCAGAGAAGCUCCUUCGUGCACUUAAGAUGCCGUAUGACAAGAUACAUGCCUGUCCGAAUGGGUGCGUCUUAUUUAGGAAAGAACACAGUGAUGCCAAGUACUGCCCAAAGUGUAAAUCCUCCAGAUACGUGGAGGUAGACUCAGGCGAUGGCCAGAAGAGGCAGCUUACGAUCCCCAUGAGAGUCCUACGGCACCUUCCGUUCCUGCCGAGGCUCCAACGGCUAUUCAUGACUGAAGAAUCCACGAAACAAAUGACAUGGCACAAAAACGGCAAAAGGUACAACCCUGGGAAGAUGGUACAUCCAUCCGAUGCUGAAGCAUGGAAGCACUUCAAUGCUCGGCAUCCUCUCAAAGCAGAGGAGGCUCGUAAUGUACAUGUCGCCCUAGCAACAGAUGGGUUCAAUCCAUAUGGUAUGAUGGCUGCACCAUACACAUGUUGGCCCGUGUUCGUCAUCCCCCUCAAUCUCCCCCCCGGUGUCUCCUUUCAACGGCAUACCAUGUUCCUAUCGUUGAUAAUUCCUGGACACCCGGGGAGUCAUAUGGGUGUCUUCAUGGAGCCUGUGAUAGAUGAGUUGAUCCAUGCUUGGGAUGAAGGGGUGUGGACAUACGGCCGAGCUACGAAGACAGUUUUCAAAAUGCACGUCUGGUACCACUACUCCCUGCACGACUUCCUGGCGUACGCGUUAAUGUGCGCCUGGUGUGUUCAGGGGAAGUUCCCAUGCCCAAUAUGCAAGGACGCUGUGAGGUUCAUAUGGUUGAAGAAGGGUGGCAAGUAUUCAUCGUUCGACAAGCAUCGUCAAUUCCUCCCUCUUGACCAUGCAUUCAGAAAAGACAUCAAGAAUUUCACGAAAGGUGUCAAAGUGACAGACCCUAUACCACACUUGAGGACGGGGGCCGAGGUUCGUGCUCAGAUAGAUGCUCUUGUGCCUGGGCCGGAUGGUAAGUAUGUGGGAUAUGGUGAGCAACAUAUGUGGACUCAUAAGUCCGGGUUGACGAGGCUCCCCUAUUUUGAUGACCUCCUACUACCACAUAACAUUGAUGUCAUGCACACCGAAAAGAAUAUCGCCGAGGCACUUUGGGCAACACUCAUGGACACCGACAAGUCUAAGGACAACCCUAAGGCUAGAGUGGACCUUGCGACGUUGUGUGAUAGGCCAAACCUAGAGAUGCAGAAAAGUGCGACAGGAAGGCAGUGGAGAAGGCCUAAGGCCCCCUACGUCUUGAAAAUCGAGCAUAGGAGGGAAGUGCUUCGAUGGAUCAAGAAUUUAAUGUACCCUGAUGGGUAUGCAACCAAUCUAAGCAGGGGAGUCAACUUAGCCACUCUGCGAGUCAACGGGAUGAAGAGUCAUGACUACCACAUAUGGAUUGAGCGAAUACUUCCGUCGAUGGUUCGAGGCUAUGUCCCUGAGCAUGUCUGGCUAGUGCUGGCAAAGCUAAGCUACUUCUUCCGCCAGCUUUGUGCCAAGGAGCUAUCUCUGGCCGUCAUUACAGAAUUAGAAAUAAUGGCACCUGAGUUGGUCUGUGAGAUGGAGAAGAUCUUUCCACCUGGCUUCUUCUUACCGAUGCAGCAUCUGAUUGUGCACCUCCCGAACGAGGCACGGUUGGGGGGGCCAGUGCAGGCCCGUUGGUGCUACCCAAUCGAGCGAUGUCUAAAGACUCUUCGCAAGAAGUGUACAAAUAAAGCCAGAAUUGAGGCUGCAAUUACAGAGGCAAGCAUUCGGGAGGAGGUAGCAAACUUCACAACAUCCUACUACAAGCCUAACCUUCCUAGCAGGCAUAAUCCACCCCCUCGUUACAAUGCUGGCGAAAAUGAAUCCACCCUCAUCCUUUUCAAAGGUGAACUAGGCUGCGCAAGUGGAUCGACCCCCAAGAGAUUGGAUGCAGAAGAGUGGCGCAGGAUCACGCUAUAUGUGUUCACCAACCUGCCUGAGGUUGCUCCAUUCAUACAGGAAUUUGUUUGUCAAGAGUGGCGUCAAUCAAUUGAUCCUAGCCCGCAUGAGCAUGAUGCCCUUCUUUCAGAGGGUGCGGGAGCUGGGAGGCCUGAUUUCAUUUCUUGGUUCAAACAAAAGGCGCAGACCUAUGCGUCCAUGAGUGACGAGUUGAGACAGGUUGCAAACGGCUUCGAGCCUAGGGUGAAGUCAUAUACCGGUUAUGACGUGAACGGAUAUCGCUUCCACACGUCAAGACACGAGCAGACUCGACCCAAUCGGAAAACCACGAACAGCCAAGUUUUUACACUGGGCACUGAUGGCAUCGAAUACUAUGGGGUAAUUGAGGAGAUCUAUGAACUUUUAUAUGACGGCCGGGUACCUCUUACUCAUGUCAUAUUCAAGUGCCACUGGUUUGAUCCUGGACAAACUAGACGGACCCCUCAUCUUGGGCUAGUCGAGAUUAGACAUGAUUCUGUCUAUACAGGAAAAGAUGUCUAUAUUGUGGCUCAACAGGCCGUGCAGGUGUAUCAUACACCGUACGCGUGCACAGGCAAAGACCAUCUUAUGGGUUGGUCUAUUGUGCACCAGGUGACAGAAACAAACAUGGUGGCCAACCGUUCACCGAGGCAGGUAGCCUCAGUGUACCGGAGGCUAUGCCCCGCUGGAGUCGAGGAGACGGCUUCUGCUCUACCGGCGAGAGCAGGCCUGAGUCGUGGCCCGGGUCACCCCAGGACGAGGACGCUGACGACGCUGAUGGGGACGGGGAGGGCCCGGGGUCGCCCCAGGCGGGGCCGACCUCCUACCCCAGCUCACGACCAGUCGGAGGACCGGCCUCCUACCCCAGCUCACGACCACCCGGAGGACCCGACUCCUACCCCAGAGGACCAUGAGGUGGCCAUGGUAACGACCCCAGACAAUCACGCGACUGAGCAGACGGACGAGGGGACUCAGCAGACGGAGGACAGUUCUGCUCACUCAACUCGUUACCUGCGAGGUGCCACAAGGCUUCCUAGUGUUCCGCAUCAUGAACGACGCCCACUGAUACGUCCAGCGGGAAGAAGGGGCUGGCUAGUUCUGGAGGGUGCUCUUGAUCCCCCACGCACCCCUGCUACCAUCCUGGGAUGUCUGUGCAGGAAACACUUCCCCGGCCUUGUGGACUUGGGAGAUGUGAGGUGGGAGCCGGCCUGGACGUGGGGCAGGUACGCACUCGGCGAGGAUGACGAGAAGUCCAACAAGCAGGAGCGGGUUUUGGCGGACUUUUGGAGUUACUUCAAGGCCGAACCAGGUCGAGAGAACCUGGCAGAUCAGACAGCACACAGAGCGUGUCAAAAGUACGUCGGUGACAUGAUUCACGAGGCAAAACUCCAAGCCCACGUCGACUACUACAGGUCCAUCGAGAAAGAGCCCCUCAAGAAGGCCGGUGCAAGAAAGGUGCCGCCCAGCUGGUGCAUGUCGUAUAGAUCGGCAUGGGCAAGGAUCGUGGACAGGUUCCUAGACCCGGCGCACAUCGAAAAGCAAGAGCUCGGCAAGCGGAAGCGGGCACUGAGGGCUGGUCCAACUCACCACCAAGGCAGCCGCAACCUCCCCAAUUUCAAGCGAGCACUUGAGGCUGCACAGCCAGACAUGCCGGUGUCGGAGUUUGGGGCAUGGGCUGUGUCCCACAUGGGCUCAGUGAAAUCCGGUGUCACCUUCAACCCGGAUGCCCCUGCCCAGGCUUACUCCGACCCGACCAUCCACGCUAAAGUCAUGGAGUACACGGAGUCGGUGAGGGCGCUGCGUGGCCCAGAUGUUGAUCUGCGCACUCAUCCCCUUGAGACAGUGGUGAUCGUGAGGCGUGGGCAAGGCAGGCAGCAUGGGCGGUUGUGGAUUGCAGACGGCGCUCAGUCCUCCGCCUCUGCACCUUCUCUCUCCGACGUGAGGGCACGGAGCACCAGCAGUAGCCUUCCCAUACGUGCACGACCAACUGCAACACUGUCUCGGGUCGACGAACUUACGCUAGCUUUCUCCUAG